AAACGACCCAAGCUUUGCUUUUUAUCGCCCUUGCGACGUGGGCAAACUUUGACCUUUUCUCUUGAGAACGUGGUGCCCGAAGACCAUGUGAUUGUAUCCAGUUUCUCUUCCACAUGGUCCGUGAACACCACGGCCAAAGAAGCCGCCAUGAUGGAACGUUACUUUGUUCGGCCUAGCGCAGGUCGGAUGGUGGCCGAUCAUCACACCGAUAUCAUGUUAUUUCUCAAUCAGGUUCCACCGCUGAAUCCGGGCGAAGUUCUCAAAGACAAAAUUAUUGUACGUUGGGCCGUCAUUCAGCGGAACACCCAGGUCGAUCGAUGGGUACAGAAUUUGUCGGAAUCCACAAGGAGGAAAUGGCUGGAAAUGGUGGCAGAGCGAUGGCCGGAUCAAGUCGUCUUACGGGAAACCAAGAUCAAAAUACGAUUCGUCUAA